AAGCAGGAAGGGAAGAGAAUCCGGGUGGUAAUUUUGCUUCACUUCCCAAACGACGUGGUAUCAGUUGAAAACUCGCUUCUCCUUUUUAUAUUCAUCGACACGUCAACAAGUUUCCGGCGGCCGCCACAGACCACCGUCUCACUCCCCGAAACUCCGAUUAGUUCUCCUCAUUUUCAGUUUGUUUCAGGUGCGGCAAAAAAGAUAGUAUAUGGCUGCUACUACUACUACCAGUAGUAAGGUUCGGACAAGUAGUUUCUCGCGAAACUUUUCUGCACCACCGGCAUCUUCCGUUCCUGGACUUAAAUAUGGACCAAAUGGCACCAUCUUUCUUUCCUCCGGCAUACCUGAUCUUGACAAGAUAUUAGGUGGAGGAUUCCAUUUAGGAAGUCUGGUGAUGAUCAUGGAAGACACUGAAGCACCUCACCAUAUGCUUUUGCUUAGGACAUUCAUGUCUCAGGGACUCGUACACAACCAACCUGUUCUUUAUGCAAGCCCUUCCCAAAACCCUCGAGCUUUUCUCGGAACCUUGCCAUCUACUUUAGUGUCCAAAGAUGAAAAAUCACGUAACACUGAUGCAGAGAAGAAGGAUUUACGUAUUGCUUGGCAAUACAAAAAGUACCUUGGAGAGAACAAGCCACACAUCGAGGAGCGAGAUGGAAAAGUAGAGUAUUGCAACGAUUUCGAUCUAAGGAAGCCCAUAGAAAAACAUUUGAUAAUGGGAAACCAUGCGGAAUGUGUUAGCCUUUUGGAUAGUUCAAGUCUUACUGGAUUCCGUGAUACUUGUUCAAAGUUUUUGUCUCAACUUCCAAGGUAUGAUGGGAAUAUUACAAGUGCAGGACGAAUUGCCAUCCAAUCAUUCUGUGCUCCACAGUGUGAGUACUAUGAUAAGGAAUGGGACAUGCUUUCCUUCAUUAGAUCAUUGAAAAGCAUGGUACGGUCCUCCAAUGCAGUUGCGUUUCUAACGUUUCCAGCUUCUCUUGUGUCACCAUCAGUGUCAAAAAGAUGGCAACAUUUGGCUGAUACAUUAUUGUCUGUCAAAGCGAUUCCAGAUGAGGAUAAGGAGCUCGCUAGUCUCCUAACGGGUUACCAAGAUAUGCUUGGCCUUCUGAGUAUACAUAAGGUUGCACGUUUCAACACACAGGUUCCGGUGAUUCUAGAUGCAACAACAUAUUCAAUAAAGUUACAAAAACGAAGGUCGUUGGUUUUAGAAUGUCUAAAUCAAGCACCUGUUGAUGGGUCAAGUGGGAGUUCUUAUGGCAAUACAUCUGGUAGUUGUUCUGGCUCUUCGAAGACUGGUGCCCUCGAUUUUUGAUUUACAACCCAUAUGCGUAGCACAGCUUUAGUCAGUAAGUAACACAACCUUUCAGAUUAGCACACAGUAGUCGUCUCAUCCAUCAGUGCCAUGUCUUUAAAUAUCAACUCAUGGCAUGUAAACUUAGAGGCUUUCAAUAUGGUGUCGGACUGACAGUUUUUUAUGUUGCUUUUUUCGUUUCACCCACUUUUUAUUUUUAUUUUAAAGAGAGAGAGGUAAGGUUAUAGUUGUCAUAUUCAUAGAAUUCAACAUAGCUCAUAUAUCAGAUGGAUUAUGUAUUCCUAUAUAUAUCAACGAAAUCGGUUAAAUCU